CGGUUAUGCAGUAUUGGGUGUCAGUCCUGCUUCCUUUUGAGUAUAAAAAGUACCAACCUCCGAAAACCCUUAUCAAUCGUCCUACGAAACUCAGUAAGACACAUUCAAUAUGUACUCUAAACUCGCAGCUUUAGCCCUGGUGGUGGCCGUGUGCCAGGCUGGCGUGGUCCCUGUCGAGCAGGGCCACGGCCACGCCGUCUCCUCCCAGAGCAUCGUCCGCCACGACCAGCCCUCCCACCAGAUCCUUACCCACUCUGCUCCCACAUACACCCACUCUGCCCCAGUCCUGACCCACUCUGCCCCAGUUUACACUCACUCUGCCCCAGUCUACACCCACUCUGCCCCCGUCCUGACCCACGGCUCUGCCCAAAUCCUAUCGCACGGUAACUCUCAGAUCGUCUCCCACGGCGCACCCCAAAUCUACUCCCAAGGUGCCCAGAUCUACUCUCACGGCGCUCAAGUUUUGACCCACUCCGCUCCCGUUUACACCCACGCCGCUCCCGUCCUUACCCACUCUGCCCCCGUGCUUACCCACUCUGCCCCCGUUCUUACCCACUCUGCCCCUGUCUUGACUCACUCUGCCCCAGUGUUGACCCACUCCGCCCCCAUCGCUAUCGGACACGCCGCGCACGUUGAGGAAAGCGCUCCUGCCAAGUACGAGUUCUCCUACUCCGUGGAGGACCCCCACACCGGCGACCACAAGUCCCAGCACGAGAGCCGCGACGGUGACGUGGUGAAGGGAGAAUACUCUCUGGUGCAGCCCGACGGUUCCACCCGCAGGGUCGAGUACACCGCUGACCACCACAACGGCUUCAACGCUAUCGUGCACAACUCAGCCCCGUCAGCCCACGCCGCCCAGCACUCCGCCCCCGUGGUCCACGCCGCUCCCGUGGUCCACGCUUCCCCGGUCCAUCUGGUCCAAUCCGUCCACCACUAAGCACUGAAUACCUCUUCUGACACCUUGUUCUCUUUGAUAGUUGUGUUAAUAAAGUUAUUAAUUUAAUGUAAA